CAAUAAUAAUAGUAUCCACUCAUUUCCAAUAAUAGUAGACUAACUUUUUUCAUAUGAUUUUCUAGAGUGAGAGACAAAGCCGCAUAAUAAAAUAUCAAUUUAUAUAUCUAUUCUAUAUAAAGUGUGCCUAUAUAACUAAAAUUUUUGCAUUUCUCAUUGCAUAUAUAUAUAUAUGCGUAUGUUGUGAGUGGUAGAACAAAAUAGAUGAAAGAAAAAUGAACACUUCACCUAACCAAACCAUGAAUAUCGUCGCAAGAGACGAUCAACUACUAGAAUUAGCCAAAGAUGUUGAUCAUGAUCAUACUAAACGAGGAGGCUGGAUUACUUUACCCUUUAUACUUGGCAAUCUAGCGGGUGUGUCGGUUGCUGCGGGUGGUUGGGGAUCAAAUUGGAUUGUAUUCUUGAUAACAAAGUUUAAUAUUGGAAGCAUAGCUGCUACAAAGAUCAAUAAUGUUGGGUUUGGAUUUGUCAAUCUUUUUCCAAUUGCCGGUGCAGUCAUCGCCGACUCCUUCACCGGUAACUUUGCCGUCGUCAGCAUUUCAUCUUUCAUCGCUUUGUUGGGCAUGAUAAUGCUAACGCUAAUAGGGAGUCUGAACUCACUAAGGCCGUCACCAUGUUCAACUAAUACAUCGCCAUGCGAGAGCCCCACAAAUUUUCAAUAUUUGAUCCUGUACGCGGCGAUGGGGCUGACCACAGUUGGAGUGGGAGGGUCUCGCUUCACGAUUGCCACCAUGGGAGCUGACCAGUUCGAAAAAGGAGAUGACCAGGCCAGCUUCUUCAACUGGUACUUCGUUGUCUUGUUCAUUGGCAACGCUUUCAGCUUCAUGGUCCUCGUGUACAUCGAGGAUAAUGUAGGGUGGGGUUUAGGGUUUGGGAUUUGUCUAGUCUCCACGUUGAUUGCGUUGACCGUGUUUUUGAUUGGAAAAAAAUUCUAUCGACAUGUGAAGCCCAAGGGAAGCCCCUUUGUGAGCAUGGCUAGAGUAAUGGUUGCAGCCAUUAACAAAAGGAAUAUAAUAUUCAAAGGAAGCUUUACGGAGGCAUCUAACGAGUACUAUUAUUCUUCUUCUGCUGAUGGGACUCCUAAUAAGACUUUUCAAACUAAAACCCGACCCAGUGAAAAAUUCAGGUUCCUCAACCGAGCAGCCUUAAAAACUGAAAACGAUAAUCAAGAAAAGGACAUUUACUCAAAAUCAUGGAAGUUAUGCACUGUUGAAGAAGUCGAAGAUUUAAAAAAGGUAAUAAAAAUCAUGCCACUAUGGUCAACUGGUAUUCUCUUAAGCAUCACAAUUGCCAUAGUGAACAGCCUCUCAACUGUCCAAGCCUUAACAAUGGACAGACGAUUGGGCUCCAUCAAAAUUCCAGCUUCCACAUUCUUAGUCUCCAGCCUCAUAUCAACAUCCAUUUCAAUCUUCAUCAUUAACCGUUACUUGCUCCCUAUGUGGAAAAAAAUAAGUGGCAAGCCCCUAACUCACCUCCAACGAAUAGGAAUGGGCCACGCAACCAAUAUAUUAGGAUUGGUUGGGUCUGCCCUACUGGAAUCGAGACGGCUACACUUGGUUCGAGCAGAUGGGUUAGUCGUGACGCCUGACCAGUCUGGCUCAGUGGUGCCCAUGUCAGCAUUGUGGUUGGUGUUGAUUCUAGCCAUUAUGGGGUUUGGCGAGGCAUUACAAUUUCCAGGACAAGUUGCAUUAUAUUACCAAGAAUUUCCAGAAUCACUGAAAAGUACAUCAACAGCUAUGAUAUCACUUUUAAUUGGAUUAGGGUAUUAUCUUAGUGCUGUAGUGACUGAUUUAAUAAACAGUGCAACUGGUUGGUUACCUGAUAAUAUAAACCAAGGGCGAGUAGAUAAUGUGUACUGGUUGUGCGCGACCAUUGGACUAGUGAAUUUCGUGUACUACUUGGUUUGUGCAACCAUGUAUAAGUAUGAACAUGACCAAAAAAAUCAUAUUGACUCGUCCACGACCUGAUAGAUUUAACUUAAUAAAAAUGAAUAAAAAAAUAUAUGUAGCAGUGUGUAUGUUUUUUUUUUAAAUAAUAAAUCUGAUAAAAGAAAAAGAGAAAUUUGUAUUAGCUUGCUCUGUA